AUGACCCACAAUGCUCAGAGAGUCAGAGAGAUGAUCAUUUCUUGGAAGAUCACACUGAACUUCCUGCGGAGGAUGAAACAGGAGGAGCUGGCUGACCGUCUGCAGAAACGUCUUACUGCAGUUUGUCAACAUCAACUUAAAUCUGGUCUGAAGAAGAAGUUCCAGUCUGUGUUUGAGGGGAUUGCUAAAGCAGGAAGUCCAACCCUUCUGAACCAGAUCUACACAGAGCUCUACAUCACAGAGGGAGGGACUGGAGAGGUCAAUGAUGAACAUGAGGUCAGACAUAUUGAAACAGCAUCCAGGAAAACACACAGACCAGAAACAACAAUCAGACAAGAAGACAUCUUUAAAGUCCAACCUGGAAGAGAUCAACCAAUCAGAACAGUGAUGACAAAGGGAGUGGCUGGCAUUGGGAAAACAGUCCUAACACAGAAGUUAACUCUGGACUGGGCUGAAGACAAAGCCCACCAGAACAUCCAGUUCAUAUUUCCAUUUACCUUCAGAGAGCUGAAUGUGCUGAAAGAGAAAAAGUUCAGCUUGGUGGAACUUGUUCAUCAUUUCUUUAGUGAAACCAAAGAAAUCUGCAGCUUUGAACACUUCCAGGUUCUGUUCAUCUUUGAUGGUCUGGAUGAGAGUCGACUUCCUCUGGACUUCCACAACAAGGAGAUCCUGACUGAUGCUACAGAGUCCACCUCAGUGGAUGUUCUGCUGACAAACCUCAUCAGGGGUAAACUGCUUCCCUCUGCUCUCCUCUGGAUAACCACACGACCUGCAGCAGCCAAUCAGAUCCCUCCUCAGUGUGUUGGCAUGGUAACAGAGGUCAGAGGGUUCAAUGACCCACAGAAGGAGGAGUACUUCAGGAAGAGAUUCAGAGAUGAGGAGCAGGCCAGCAGGAUCAUCUCCCACAUGAAGACAUCACGAAGCAUCUACAUCAUGUGCCACAUCCCAGUCUUCUGCUGGAUCACUGCUACAGUUCUGGAGGAUGUGUUGGAGACCAGAGAGGGAGGAGAGCUGCCCAGAACCCUCACUGAGAUGUACAUCCACUUCCUGGUGGUUCAGACCAAAGUGAAGAAGAUCAAGUAUGAUGGAGGAGCUGAAACAGAUCCACACUGGUGUCUAGAGAGCAGGAAGAUGAUUGAGUCUCUGGGAAAACUGGCUUUUGAUCAGCUGCAGAAAGGAAACCUGAUCUUCUAUGAAUCAGACCUGACAGAGUGUGGCAUCGAUAUCAGAGCAGCCUCAAUGUACUCAGGAGUGUUCACACAGAUCUUUAAAGAGGAGAGAGGUCUGUACCAGGACAAGAUGUUCUGCUUCGUCCAUCUGAGUGUUCAGGAGUUUUUGGCUGCUCUUCAUGUUCAUCAAACCUUCAUCAAAUCUGGGGUCAACCUGUUGGAAAAAAGAUCUAAGAAGUCUUCAUUAUUUAAUAAAUCUAAACUAAAGGUUCUCCAUCAGAGAGCUGUUGACCAGGCCUUACAGAGUCCAAAUGGACACCUGGACUUGUUCCUCCGCUUCCUCCUGGGACUUUCAGUGCCGACCAAUCAGAGACUCCUACAAGGUCUGCUGACAAAGACAGGAAGUAGCUCACACACCAAUCAGAAAACAGUUCAGUUCAUCAAGGAGAAGAUCAAUGAGAAUGUGUCUGUAGAGAAAAGCAUCAAUCUGUUCCACUGUCUGAAUGAACUGAAUGAUCGUUCUCUAGUGGAGGAGAUCCAACAGUCUCUGAGUUCAGGAAGUCUCUCCACAGAUAAACUGUCUCCUGCUCAGUGGUCAGCUCUGAUCUUCAUCUUAGUGUCAUCAGGAAAAGAUCUGGAUGUGUUUGACUUGAAGAAAUACUCUGCUUCAGAGGAGGUUCUUCUGAGGCUGCUGCCAGUGGUUAAAGCCUCCAACAAAGCUCUGUAAGGACACAGAUUGUUAUUGCAUUUAUUGUUGAUCAAGUG